AUGAAGAUUGCUUGUCUUCAGUUCGCGCCACAAGUUGGUGAUGUUGACAAUAACCUCAAUCGAGCCGACGCUGUCCUGGCCAAAGCGAACCCAGAAGAUUUGGAGGAUCUUGACUUGCUGGUCUUGCCCGAACUGGCCUUCACAGGCUACAAUUUUACCUCGUUGAAUCAUAUCUCGCCGUUCCUCGAACCUCAAGGGUCUGGUAUCAGUGCAUUAUGGGCCCGGACGACCGCUCUCAAGUACAAUACCAAUGUGGUGGUCGGUUACCCAGAGAGGGUCGAUGUUUCGCCGAGAUGGCCGACAGGCCCAGAGUAUUACAACUCGACCAUCGUCGUCAAUGGCGAUGGCGAGACCAUCGCAAACUAUCGAAAAUCUUUUCUUUAUGUCAUAGACGAGACUUGGGCGCUGGAGAGCAAAGAUGGCUUUUUUGCGGACGAGGUGCCCGGCCUCGGAAACGUUGCCAUGGGAAUCUGUGAUCCUUACAAAUUCGAAGCACCGUGGCACGCCUUUGAAUUUGCUUUUCACAUUUUAGCAGAGGAAGCAAACUUGGUCAUCGUUACCAUGGCGUGGGUAACUCGUGAAGAUGGCCGCCUCUUCAGCCGUAUGCCUGAGGAGCCGGAUAUGGAGACACUCACUUACUGGGUGCAACGUCUCGAACCGCUCAUCCGAGUCGAGGGCCAAGACGAAGUGAUUGUUAUCUUCGCCAACCGAACCGGAAUGGAGGACGACAUUACCUAUGCUGGCACAAGUGCUGUGAUUGGGAUCAAAGAUGAGGAGGUCAAAGUCUACGGUCUCCUCGGCCGCAGCGUCAAGGACCUUCUUGUCGUCGACACUGAUAACGGACCUUUCGCCAGCCUCUCAGGUAUCUGGAGUGUCUCGGAGGGCUCGCCAGAGUACUGCAGCGACAACAGCACCAUCGAUACGCCAAGACAGCCCUCAUAA